CCAUCACAUGCCUGGCCAACAGUCCCCGGCAUGAGUGAAGCCAUUUGGAGCAUCAUGGAGAAUGAAGGCUGAUGCAGCAGCAGCAAUCCGGUUGGAGUGAAAGCCAGCUUUUCGAUCUUUGAUCAUGAAGGUCUCGAGGAGGUUUCCCGUCAUCAAGUUGAGGGAAUGGUUGAUGCCGAGCAUGAGCCUGAAAAUUCGAGCAUCCUCACUGUCAUGAGCCAGCGUGAAAGGGUCCAAGGUGCUGAUGCAAGCUUCGGAGCCGCUGGUGGUUUCGAUGGAGGUGCAACUACAAACCUGGUCCUGCUGCUGGUGGUGGUGGUGGUGGUGGAAAACCAUGUCAAGGAUGUUUGGUGCCAACCAUCAAGCCAAAGAAGAAAGUGUGGCAUGAGGACCUUGCUGAAAGCUCUCCUUGGGAACCAUGUCGAGAAGGAUGAGGACAUUUUCCUCGCUUGGGUCAGCAAAGAGGUUCAGAGUCAGACUCUUCCAGAGUGACCCGAGUGAAACUUGACGCAGCAGUCAUGGCCAUGGUGUGAAACAGCUCAACUGCUAG